CUCAGCGAGCAAUCCUCACUUUGGCCUCUACACAGCAUCCACAGCAAUGAGUCUAAACCGUCUGGCUCGGAGGCAAUUAGCCGGCGCCGUUCUGUCUCUCAGACGGACAGCGGUCGCGGUGAACUGGAGCAGUCGGCGGCCUCUGUCUUUGUCGGCGUCGCAAAUGCGGAAGAGCUCCGGGGGAGGCAUCAGCGUCGCUGAUCUUUUGAAUGCUAUGCCCGAGAUGUCCAACUUGCGCGAAAAGGAGCCUGUAAGGGGAAGUACACUCGAUGAGGAACUUCUGGAGGAAGAUGAAGAGGAAGAGGAACUAGAAGAGCAAGAGUAUGACUACGAGGAUAGGCCUUACAGGCAGUACAGCGAGUACAGCGAGGAGGAUGAAGAGGGUUUCAUCGUGGAAGACUUUGCGCUGGAGGACUAUUACGAAGAAUAUGACAUCGAGCCCCCAAAGACAGAAGCCGAGGCUCUUGAGAAAUACAUGGAGGUCAUCGACAACGCGCCCUCGUUUUUAGAAAAGGAAGCAUCCAUCGAAAGCCUGCCUCCCGGUUUCACGGCGCCAAACACAAUCAUGUCCGAGGCCGAGCUCGCGGGAAUGCUCGAGGGCAAUCAGUUCGAGGUCAAAGAGACCCGUUAUGAUUACUACCUCGAUCCCCAUGAGGAGCGCGGUGACUACUCGCGCUGGGUGAACUCGGCUGGAAACGACAACUUCAUGCAAUCGCUCGCGUUAAGCAGCAACAAGACUAUCCCCCCGGUGCUCAAGGAACAAAUGACAGCCAUUAUCGAAAAUGUUUUGAAGCCGAAGAAAUAGUCAGCUGAGUCCGUUUAGUCUUGUGUUUGUUCGUGUACAUAGGUUUCUGUAAAUAUCAGAUUAGGAAUACGUUUUUUGUUUCUUUACAAUUAAAAGUUACUAUAUAAUAA